CCGCCAGGCCCCGCCCCUCUCCCGGCACCUCCAACAUGGCCGCGCCGCGGUGGCGGCGGGGCCGGGCCCGGUAGUUCCCGGUGGUUCCCGGAGGAUCCCGGGGGCUCCCGGGGCUUUCCGGCGGAUCCCGGCGCCCCGAUGGGGCCCGGCGGCCUCACGGUGCUGCUGGCGGUGCUGAGCGCGAUGCCGGGCGGGCUGCGCCCGGCGGCGGCGGCGGCGGCGGCGGCGAGCGAGAAGCGGCCCGCGAGCCCCGCGGUGGCCACGCCGUGCUGGCGAGUGGAGCAGUUCGUGGUUGCCCAGGAGUGCACGCGGUGCUCCGGCUUCGAGAUGAAGACGAUCCCGGCCUGCGGCCCCACCGGCUUCAUCGAGAAGAUCAACUGCGCCUCGUCCCACCGGGAUGAGUACAAGAGCUGCCGCUCGGCCGCGCUGGAGGCGCAGCGCUUCUGGCGCUUCGUGGGCUCGGCUCUGGCGGUGGCGGCGGCGGCGGCGGCGCUCGUGGUGCUGCGGCAGCGCGUGCUGGACCGGCGGGCGCUGGAGAAGGUCCGCAAGCAGAUCGAGUCCAUUUAGCGGGAACCGGGAAUUCCGGGAGAGAGGAGGAGCAGCUCUGCCUCGCUGCCCGGGAGCGCUGCUGGGAUCCGCCUGGGGAGAGCGUCCCGGGGAUCCCCGCAGCGGGAUGUGGGGUAAAUCCUGGUCACUGCUCCGAGUGACGCUGGGCUCCUUCCUUUUGGGGGAUCCCCGUCCCCCCAGCACUGGGAUCUGCCCCAGGAGAGGGGUAUGGAAUAAAUCCUGGUCGUGGUU